AUGGAUUUUGUCCCUGUAGACCAGAUGGACGCCACGGCUCGUCCGUACUUUAUUCACCAUCGAAACCAAGUCGAGAUCAACAAGGCACUCAUGGAUCUCUUCCGUCUUAUCGACUAUUUCCUUCAAUCUGACGAAAGCGCACGGGAUCCACUCAUGUCGCUGCGCGUCGUAAGCGACUACAUGCAGCGCAAGGGGUUGAUUGCACCCAUGCCCGCCGAAGUAUACGACUUGAACGAAAACGAUACGAAUGUUCAACCCAAUCCGCUAUCAGAGUUGACGAGGCUGAUGAUGACUUCGAUUCCCCAAUCCCAUCCGACACCCCCCAGCCACGGAAUAACGCCCUCAGGCAACGCCAACAGUACACCUCCACGUCGAGAACUUGCCCACUCGUUCUCAGAAUCACCUGGAACCACCGCCGUCCCUUUGUGGCACGACUCACCCAUCAGGCAGGCAUUCCCUGACAAUAGCAAGCUGCAUCCAAACACGGAUGCGACCUGCAUCUCUGGCACCCGCGAGAAAAUCAAGGCGUGGCUUGCGCGACCCACCACUCAGGCUCUUCGGAGGUGGGCCUCUCGCAAGGCACCCUCCUCCAUGCCCUUUUCCCGUCCUCGUAUUCACGAAGGGGAUUUCGAUAUCAUUGGACGCGAGGUGUACGAUGCAGAGGAGAUUGCUGUCACCAGACCUUCUUCGUCCCUUCUUUACGGCAUUCGCAUCGAUACGGAACGAGUCGUCAAGGAGGAUCCACUUCCUAUACGUGAUGCACACAGCAAGUCACUCCCGCCAAUUCCAGGUGAUCAUCGUCGCUCUAAAUCUCUUUCUUACAGUAGCCCACGGAACACGGCAUCCUCAGCGCUUGGCCGCAGUGCCACGAGUGUUUCCCGUGGUGGGACACAACGUAUGUCGCCUACAUCACCCUUAAUUCCAGUCAUUACCAUCCAGCCACCAACGCCACCAACGUCAAUGUACCAGACGUACGACCCUUCGAGUCCAGCAUACAGUAUGACCACGCUAGAAGCUCCUUUGCAGAGCCCAACGACCAGUCUCCGCUCCAUCUCUUCUUCCACCUCGUCGCAGCAUCGCGUGCGCCGCAAGCCCGUCCAGGCAUACGCCGACAAGCCAUCGACCACGACACCCAUCUCACCGAUCAGGACGACAACGUCCCCCAUCACGCCCUCUCCACUACGCCACGAGCUUCAACUUUGCGCUGUCUCACCUCCACCGCCCAUCAAAGACAAAAUCUUGGACUCUCCACACGAGGAUCACAUGAAGCAACUCACCGAGCUCGCAGAGGGACUCGGGCUCGAGCUCUCAGCCAAUGGAGUCGCUACACCUCUAAAAGUUUCUAAUAACGACUCGAACGAUCUCUCACAACUCGUAGACGUCUCCCGCGCCGGACGCGCACAAUCCCUCUCGCGCCGUCCACAGAUGCACACCGGUAGCGGACAUCGUAGGGACGCCUCGCGGUGUUCCUUUGUAAGCAGCGUCGCACCUUCACUCUCCACCGUGUCGGAAAACUCUCACUCAAGUGAAGAUGAAGACGGCGUCUCCGAAUUCCUCGACUGUUCCGAACCACAAAAUGACAAUGUCCGACGGGUCACAUUACCCAGUGGCGAGACGCUCCUCUUACACGGCGAGGAUUCGGAGGAAUGGGAGAUGGGCGAGGCGAUGGAACGAGUGGAAAAGCACGCACGCCAGUUGUAUACUCAGGAGAUUGAUUUUACGUGUGUGGAUCAUGAGGCGUCGUCGGUUUCUGGUGGCAUCCUUGCGGACAUUGCUGCUCGCCGUAAGCCCUCGAUUCGGUCGCAUGGAUCCGGGUCACUUUCGAGUCGGAGGUCGCGCAAAUGA